AUGCCUCACGAGACGCACGUGCUGCGCUUCAAGGUGGUCACGGUGGAGUGUCCGACCAUGCCAACUGGCCAGCAGUACACUAUCAUGUACCACCGCGGCAGAACCAGCCGCUCCACUCCGUGCUACACUGCGCAAAGUGGUGUGGUCAACUUCGCCACUAUGCCGGAAGGCGCAGCGCUGGUGCACUUCAAGAGUGGCCACGGCGGCAUGCGCUAUGCCCCUAAGUACAUCCGCUUCAUGGUGGAUGAGUACACGCGCGGCCAGCCCCGCCGGCUGGUGGGGGAGGCGGAAGUGGACUGCACGCAGGUGCUAAAGGACUACAGCUCGUCCGGCUCAGGCAUCCUCACCGUCGCCUUCCGCCUCUAUGGCAACGCCGCCAAGAUGCAGAUUGCGAUACUCGUGUACCCAGAACAUGCCCUUCCUCUCUCCUUCGAUGGGCUAAUCGACCCAAAUGAGGGAACUGUACUGCCGCCGCCGCAGUUGGUGAAGGUGAUGAACCGCAGCGAGGCCAUGAUUAUACUGAUGGGGCUGGAGAGGCUGCUCGAGCGGCGGCGCACGAUGGAGCUGGAGGGGCAGAGGAAACCGCAGUCUCGCGAGGAGAAGCAGCUGGAGGAACUGAUCAAAAUCCGCAAGGCCCUUGUGAACUCAGAAGGUCUGGCGACAGAGGUAAUCAAGACCCGGUGUGAGGAGGUGGUGGCCAUGCAGUACAUCGCUCACGCCCGGAAGUACCGCAACAACUUCAUCGGCGAGACUGGCGCGUACCUCCGCGAGAUGGCCAUCAGCAAUGGCGAUGACUUCAUCAGCGACGAGGGAGAUAAAAAAGGCACAACAUUGCUGGAGCAGCUGAAUCGGGUGAACCACAGUAUUGAGGAUGUGCGGGACCAAGUGAAGAGGCUGAAGGAGGAGCAGGUCGCGCUCGACCGCAUUCAGUCCAAGACAGACCUGACGGAGGACGGGCGCAACAACCUCGACAAGGUGGCCGCCCUUGAGAAGAAACUGCAGCUGCUGCAGCAGUCUCGCACAGCGCUAACGGACGCCUUGAAGAAACGGGCCGCUAAGAAGGACACCCCGCUUUCCAGGGAAAUGGCUGCCAUCAACGCUCGCAUUGCCGCACUGAAUGCGGAGCAGCAGCAGAUGACGCCGAAGAUCCAGCACAUGAUGGAAGUGGCCACUUCACAUGUGGUGAAGUGGGCCCGCAGCAAGAACCCACCGGAGCCGGAGAUCAGGAAUCGCAUCAAUAUCCUGCGAGACACCAGUGACAAGGGUCGCGACAUCUUCGAAGGCCUCCUCGACGACGCCGGCACAUCGCAGAACUCGAAUGAGCCCACCACGCUGGCUGACAUGCAGCACAAGCACGUGCUGAAACUGCUCAAAGGACUCGCUGUCACCGCCCCGUCACCGACCGCCCAUUCAGCCACCUCGUCGUCCUCCAGCUCCGGCCACCGCACCCCACAGAACGUCUUCGAUGGGGCGGGCCUGCCCGCCAUGGGUGACCUCAGCGUCGCCAAAAAGGUGGAGGAAGAGGAAUCUGCCGCCAAGAAACCCAACGCCAUCGCGGAGUCGGUCCGUGAAGGCCCCCCUACGCCUGCUCGUGAGGACCCACUUAAGCCCCCUGGUCUCGGUAUCGACAUGUUCUCGUCGACGCCGGCGUUAGCUACCGCUUCCACUGUCCAAGCAGGGCUUCCCUCGAUGGGCGAUUUCAUGCACUCUUCGGCAUCGCUGAGGCAGCAGGGGCCGGAGCCUGUGUUCGACUUUGGCACCGUCCUGCAGGCGACCUCGGUUUCCCCGCAGAUGGACAGCGACUUUGUGCUGGAGCCGCAGAGAUCCGAACAGCCGACUUCGAGUUUCGCCACCGCACCCCCUGCUGUCACAAACUCCUACAAUAAGAAGGACGACCCGUACUAUGACGAGAUGGACGACUUUACGGUGCCAGCUGACACCAACAACGCCAAAAAUUACGGCACUGUAGAGAUCGUGGGUGGCUUUCCUGACUUUGGGAAUGAUGGGAACUCAUCAGUUCGCGCCGAUCGUGACACCAGCUCGUCACCGGGCUAUGCCGCGCCGCGCCCGACUUUCGACUUUGGUCCGAGCGGCGGAGGCGAUGAGGAGUCGAGUGAGAUGAGAGGCAUGGCGUUGCCAGCCGAAGCCUUCUCCUUUGGCGCCGCGGCUACAGAUGCACCGUCGGCGAACAACCGCUCCGAUCGCUCCGAUCGCUCCGACCACUCCGACAACCCGUACAGAGGCGUCACAAAUCUGCCAACGUACAACUUCGGCAGCUGA